GAGGAAUAAGAAAUUAGAAGUCAAACGGAAGUACCAUAAUCACGACCGGACAAACCGGAAAAGGACCAACAAUGGCGGAAUCUGAAAACAGUGUGGAUCUGAAGCGAAAAGCUGAAGAUAGCCAGGAUGGAGAUGGAGAACAACAAGAUUCGGAAUGGGUCGGACCCAUGCCGAGUGAAGCCACGAAGACUAAGAAACGGAAAGUACUCGAAUACGAGCGUGUUUACCUGGACAACCUGCCCUCGGCUGCCAUGUAUGAACGGAGCUACAUGCACAGAGACAUUAUUACGCAUUUAGUUUGUACCAAAACAGACUUUGUCAUAACCGCCAGUCAAGACGGCCACGUUAAGUUUUGGAAAAAGAAAGAGGACGAGGGUAUCGAGUUUGUGAAACACUUCAGAAGCCACUUAGGUGUGAUCGAGAGCAUCGCCGUCAGCGCUGAAGGAGCCCUCCUCUGCUCCGUCGGCGACGAUCGGGCCAUGAAAGUGUUCGAUGUGGUCAACUUUGACAUGAUCAACAUGCUGAAGCUGGGCUUUCACCCCGGACAGAGUGAGUGGAUCUACAACCCCGGGGACGCCAUCUGCACUGUGGCGUGCUCUGAAAAAUCCACAGGAAAGAUCUUUGUGUACGACGGGCGGGGAAGCAGCGAGCCCCUUCACGUCUUUGACAAACUGCACUCCUCCCCGCUGACGCAGAUCCGCUUGAAUCCUAAAUUCAGAGUUAUUGUGUCUGCCGACAAAGCGGGAAUGCUGGAAUACUGGACAGGCCUUCCCAACGAGUUCAGGUUUCCCAAGCACGUGCAGUGGGAGUACAAAACCGACACGGACUUGUAUGAAUUUGCAAAAAACAAAACCUAUCCCACCAGCCUGGCCUUCUCGCCUGACGGGAAAAGAAUGGCCACCAUCGCCUCGGACAGGAAAGUGAGGAUCUUCCGCUUCCUAACAGGAAAGCUGGCGAGAGUGUUCGAUGAGUCCUUAACGAUGUUCACAGAGUUGCAGCAGAUGAGGCAGCAGCUGCCUGACAUGGAGUUUGGGAGGCGGAUGGCCGUGGAGAGAGAGCUGGAGAAGGUGGACGGAGUCCGGCUGGCUAACAUCAUCUUUGACGAGACCGGCCACUUUGUUCUGUACGGAACCAUGCUGGGCAUCAAAGUCAUCAAUGUGGAGACCAACAGAUGUGUGCGGAUCCUGGGGAAGCUGGAGAACAUCCGCGUGCUUCACCUCAGUCUCUUCCAGGGAGUGGCCAAGGCCAUGCAGGUGGCCCCCACGGUGGAGAUGAAGGCCUCCGACAACCCCGCCCUGGAGAACGUGGAGCCCGACCCCACCAUCUUCUGCACGGCCUUUAAGAAGAAUCGCUUCUACAUGUUCACGAAACGAGAACCGGAGGACACGAAGAGCGCCGACUCGGACAGAGACGUCUUCAACGAGAAGCCGUCCAAGGAGGAGGUGAUGGCAGCCACUCAGGCCGAGGGCCCUAAGAGGGUGUCCGACAGCGCCAUCAUCCACACCACCAUGGGGGACAUCCACAUCAAGCUUUUCCCUGUGGAAUGCCCGAAAACGGUGGAGAACUUCUGCGUUCACAGCAGAAACGGAUACUACAACGGCCACAUUUUCCACAGAGUCAUCAAGGGCUUCAUGAUUCAGACCGGAGACCCGACCGGCACCGGCAUGGGAGGCGAGAGCAUCUGGGGAGGAGAGUUCGAGGACGAGUUUCACUCCACGCUGAGACACGACCGUCCGUACACUCUCAGCAUGGCCAACGGCGGACCCGGCACCAACGGCUCGCAGUUCUUCAUCACCGUCGUUCCCACUCCCUGGCUGGAUAACAAACACACCGUGUUCGGACGCUGCAUCAAAGGCAUGGAGGCGGUCCAGAGGAUCUCCAACUCCAAGGUCAACCCCAAAACCGACAAGCCCUACGAGGACAUCAGCAUCAUCAACAUCACCGUCAAGUGACCGCUCUCCAUGCCACCUUCUCUUUUUUUUACCGACAAUAAAAUGAUUUUAAAAACAA